AUGCUCAAUCAGCUAGUGUUUGCAAGUUGGAGCACAGAUUGCUUUACAUCGUCUACGUUUAACACGACCCCGACCGUUCCUCCUUCCUUCCUCCCUUCCCCAUUCCGCCCCUCCUCCGCACCUUGCACGCCGCUACGAGGCGUGCGGCACGGCCAUAAAGAACCUCUUCUCAUACGUGUCAUAAACCUCGACGCUGACCGCGCACGCCCAGCCAAGCCUCCUCAAAAACUGGUGCUCUAA